UGUUGCAUCAGUGAAAUCCGGAAGGUCAAGAUGAUCCGGAGUAGUUUUGUUGUUGUUGUGCUGUGGACUGCACUUCUAACAACCACCCUUAGCGCACAGUCAACAGAAGAAGCAAUAGCAGAGGAAACAACAAUAGAUUUACAAAAUGAACGAGCAUCAAUCUUAUGCACUCUAUUUCCACGAUUACCAAUAUGCAGAACCACUAUACCUCCUGAAAUAACCACAACUACCGAGGAAUCAACAACCACUGAAGCCCCUACAACUACCCAGGAAACAACCACCACUGAAGCCCCUACAACUACCGAGGAAACAACAACCACUGAAGCCCCUACAACUACCGAGGAUACAACAACCACGGAAGGCCCUACAACUACCGAGGAUACAACAACCACUGAAGCCCCUACCACUACAGAGGAAACAACAACCACUGAAGCUCCUACAACUACCGAGGAAACAACCACCACUGAAGCUCCUACAACUACUGAAGUCCCUACAACUACCGAGGAAACAACAACCACGGAAGCUCCUACAACUACCGAGGAAACAACCACCACUGAAGCCCCUACAACUACCGCGGAAACAACAAACACGGAAGCUCCUACAACUACUGAAGUCCCUACAACUACCGAGGAAACAACAACCACGGAAUUCCCUACAACCACAGAGGAGACAACGACAACUGAAGCCCCUACAACUACCGAGGAAACAACCACCACUGAAGCCCCUACAACUACCGAGGAAACAACCACCACUGAAGCCCCUACAACUACCGAGGAAACAACAACCACUGAAGCCCCUACAACUACCGAGGAAACAACAACCACUGAAGCUCCUACAACUACCGAGGAAACAACCACCACUGAAGCUCCUACAACUACUGAAGUCCCUACAACUACCGAGGAAACAACCACCACUGAAGCCCCUACAACUACCGAGGAAACAACCACAACUGAAGCUCCUACGACUACCGAAGAAACAACAACCACUGAAGCCCCUACAACUACCGAGGAAACAACCACCACUGAAGCCCCUGCAACUACCGUGGAAACAACAACCACUGAAGCUCCUACGACUACUGAAGCUCCUACAACUCCCGAGGAAACAACAACCACUGAAGCUCCUACGACUACUGAGGAAACAACCACCACUGAAGCUCCUACGACUACCGAAGAAACAACAACGACUGAAGCCCCUACAACUACCGAGGAAACAACAACCACUGAAGCCCCUACAACUACCGAGGAAACAACAACCACUGAAGCUCCUACAACUACCGAGGAAACAACCACCACUGAAGCUCCUAAAACUACUGAAGCCCCUACAACUACCGAGGAAACAACCACCACUGAAGCCCCUACAACUACCGAGGAAACAACCACCACUGAAGCUCCUACGACUUCCGAAGAAACAACAACCACUGAAGCCCCUACAACUACCGAGGAAACAACCACCACUGAAGCCCCGACAACUACCGUGGAAACAACAACCACUGAAGCUCCUACGACUACUACAACUACCGAGGAUACAACAACCACUGAAGCCCCUACCACUACAGAGGAAACAACAACCACUGAAGCCCCUACAACUACCGAGGAAACAACCACCACUGAAGCUCCUACAACUACUGAAGUCCCUACAACUACCGAGGAUACAACAACCACUGAAGCCCCUACCACUACAGAGGAAACAACAACCACUGAAGCUCCUACAACUACCGAGGAAACAACCACCACUGAAGCUCCUACAACUACUGAAGUCCCUACAACUACCGAGGAAACAACAACCACGGAAGCUCCUACAACUACCGAGGAAACAACCACCACUGAAGCCCCUACAACUACCGCGGAAACAACAACCACGGAAGCUCCUACAACUACUGAAGUCCCUACAACUACCGAGGAAACAACAACCACUGAAGCCCCUACAACUACCGAGGAAACAACAAAAACUGAAGCCCCUACAACUACCGAGGAAUCAACAACCACUGAAGCCCCUACAACUGCUAUCGAAGAGGCAACAACGGAGUGGACCACUUCUUCAACCGACUCGCAGCCAAGUAUAGAGCACCACAUACAUUAUCACGAGAUAUUUGGAGCGCCAGGAUUUGUGCUACCUUUGCCAGGACUUCCACUUCCACCAUUGCUGUUUCCCGGAAGUACCUCACUAACACCAGCUGAUGCUUCCAUACUUGGCAUUAUUCCUGUACCUCCUCCAUUACCUAAACUACCUCCACUACCUCCACCACCUCCACCACCAUUUUUGCCAAGACCACCAGCACUGUUUCCCUUUCACAACAUAUUCGGAAAAUAGGAUACAGUUCACAUCUUAAAAAAAAAAUUACAAUUUUAAAUUAAGAGUACCAUAUUCUGCGCAACUAAAAAUAUUUUGGUUUUCCUGCAGUUCCAUUCCGGGUGCUUGGUUUUGAAAAAUCUUCAAAAAGCAGCACAUUUUAAAUAUUUCUAUUCAGA